CCAACCCAACCAACACACACCCAAACGCAUCAACACAUCAAUCCUUCAGACGAGUUCUUCGCCGUUCCAUACUUCUGCUCCUGCUGCUCCGGCGAGUUUGAUCUACUGAUGGCCGCCGCUUCUCCCACCCAGGCUCCGGCCAUGACCCUGCCGGCCGCCAUGGCCGCCAAGGUGGCGCCCUCCCCGAAGCCCGCCCCCGCCGGCGACCGCAAGGUGGUGCCGGUGAUGACCGACGCCGACGAGGUCGUCGUCCAGGUCCAGGUCCAGGCCGAGCUGCACGUGCUCGCCGUCGACGACAGCGUCGUCGACCGCGCCGUCAUCGCCAAGAUCCUCCGCAGCUCCAAAUACAGAGUGACUACCGUGGACUCUGCGACGAGGGCGCUGGAGCUGCUGGGCCUGGGGCUCAUCACGGACGUGAACAUGAUCAUCACCGACUACUGGAUGCCCGGCAUGACCGGGUACGAGCUGCUGAAGCGCGUCAAGGAGUCGUCGGAGCUCCGGGAGAUCCCCGUGGUGAUCAUGUCGUCGGAGAACGUGCCCAACCGCAUCACCCGCUGCCUCGAGGAGGGCGCCGAGGACUUCCUCCUCAAGCCCGUCCGCCCCUCCGACGUCUCCCGCCUCUGCAACCGCAUCCGGUGAUCAGCCGUCCAAGCCUCAGACAACGGAGGAGGAUUAAUUCUUAAGUAGAGCAGGAUUUUUCAAUUCUUUUUUCUUCGGUCUUCUUUCCCAUGGACAUAGAUCCGCCGCUCGCUGCCGCCUCAAACAACAGCUUGACUUUUUGGGGUCCUAGGAGAUGAUGAUGAUUUAGAUUAGGAUGUUAGUUCGUUCGUCCCCUUGUGUGCUCUGCUUCUUCAGAGAUGCCAAGAAGAACAAACCGAAACAGAGUAUUCCUUCUACCAAAAGGAAGGAUAUCUUCUGAAUGAAUGUUGUUCAGAGAA